AGUUCAUUCCCAUAAUGCUAUUGUCCACGCCUAGUGCCCAUUCCUCGGCACAUGCUGACCGAUCAUUCUUUUCCUUUCGUAUCCACGUUUUCUACUGUCAGCCUUUAAAGGCAAAGAAUAUCCACUGAUAUUUCAAAUUCAGUCGAAAAGCAGCAGUCAUGGCUGAUGUUCUUGAAGAAGGAGAUUUUGAGUCAGCUGAGUCUGGGGCCUCAUCAACCUUCCCACAGCAGUGCUCUGCUUUGAGAAAGAAUGGACAUGUUGUUAUCAAGAACCGUCCUUGCAAAAUUGUUGAGAUGUCAACAUCAAAGACAGGAAAACAUGGUCAUGCCAAAGUGCAUCUUGUUGGAAUUGAUAUUUUCACUGGGAAAAAGUAUGAAGAUAUCUGCCCAUCAACUCAUAACAUGAAUGUGCCUCAUGUGAAACGUAAAGACUACCAGUUGGUAAACAUUGAAGAUGAUGGUUAUUUGUCAUUAAUGGAUGAUAAUGGGGACCAGAAAGAAGAUGUCAGAGUACCAGAAAAUGAUUGUGGCAAGGAAAUACAGUCAAAAUUUGAUUUGGGUGAAUCAAUUCUUGUUACCAUUCUAACUUCAAUGGGUGAAGAAGCAGCUGUUGGUACAAAACCAAUGAAUUCAUGAACUUGGAAAUAUCUCAGAAAGAUCCAGUCUAGUAUUUGUUUCCCUUACAGACCCAGAAAUAUAAGCCAGAAAAUUGUCAUUUAGCACCUUUUUAUUGACAAAGAAGUGAUGAAAUCUGAUAUAA